AUGGAAUCUCUCCAGACCGGACCAGAAGAAAUCCGGAUCCUCAAAAAAAGAAAGCACGAACUGAGAGCGGACUUGAAAACCGCCCGCAAGCCUUGGAAAGCGCAUGGGUCCUUUGACCUGAAGUUCUGGAGCCAAGCUGUUAAAGUUGAAAAGAUCCGCCUCGAAAGGUCAGAGGUCGAUAGAAAGAUUUCCCUCGGCAGUUUUGAGGGUCUAGAAGAUGAAUGGAAGAAGACGGAUGAGGCCAAGUGCAUACUUGAAAGAAUUAAAGCCCAGGAACAGACCAAGAAAAUCUGCGAAGACCGGGUUAGCCAGAUCGAGAACGCUCCACAUCGUAAGAGUCUGCGGACAUCUUUUAUGAAACUCUUCACCACCUCCACAAUGGGUAUGGCCAUCGAAAAUACAGGCGCAGGAGGCCGGGACCCAAGCCAGCAGGCCAAUUUCCGUAGCACCAUGAUCGAAAUGUACGGGGCUAAACAUCCAACUCAAUCAUGGCUAUGGGAUCCGAUCAUCGGUGAUUAUGUGGACGAGGAUCAGGUUCAAGCAUCUCAUCUUUUUCCGUACAGGAACGGCCAAGAUACUAUGGACGGGAUAUUUGGCAAAAAAAGGCCGGCAGAACUCUUCUCGCCCCGCAACGGCCUCCUUCUGUGCAAAAGUUGGGAGCGCUACUUUGAUGCCGGGAAGUUCGUGAUAGUUCCUGACAUUCCAGAUAUUCAGGAGAAUGUAAUGGUGUCCGCAGUCAAGCGGUGGCUCAACAGUGAACCCCGUGAUUACCGUGUCCGAGUGAUCGAUCCGGACUGGGAGAAGGGAAACAAGAUGAUCGUUAGACAGCUGCCCCUGACCUUCAGCGAGAUGGACGGCCGUCCGCUGAAGUUCCAUUCGAGCUUCAGACCAGCAGCGAGAUACCUGUACUUCCACUACUGUGUGGAGAUGCUGCGAAUGUUCUGGCAGCAUAGCAGCCAGGGAAAAUCAAGCCAAGCGGCAGCAAUUCUGCAAGCCGAAAAGGGGAAGCCAUUCUGGGGGACCGCGGGGAAGUACCUCCCACGCAACAUGCUCUUGGCCCUCGUAGAGGAGAUGGGCCAUGACUACAAAUUUGUCUUAGACGGGGCCGCAGGAAGUCGGCUGGAUGACGAUAAACUUCUCCUGGGCCUGCUUUCCAAAGGUGUUAAGGCUCGGCCAUCAAUCUUGGCCCCGGGAAUUUUCGAUCAUACUACUUCGGAGGACGAGUCUGGGCUUGAAACUGAGGACAGCAAGUAG